CCUUAUGCUCGUGGAUAUGGAGGCGAUGGCGGCGAGGAGGGAGCGGCUCCAGCGCGCGUUCCUGGAUCUCGACAAGGAGCGGCAAAUCCUCUCCAGGUGUGUGUCAGAGUGGAAGGAGCUAGACGAGAUGCUUGCCGAGACGGAGAGAGAUGUCCAGAAGAGGUAUGACGAUCUGGCCGCGAGGGAGAAAUCCUUCCAGGAGAGGGCCCGGGAGCUCCAGAUCGCCCUGGACGAGCGCGAGCGGCUCGUCGAGCGGAGAGAGCAAGAGAUUUCGGCCAGGGAACAGGAGGAGCGAGCUCCAAAGGUUGUGGUAGUGAAAAAGGAAUCAAUGGUGGAGGAGGCAGAUCUGCUCGCAGCGGCAGUGGCAGCGCAAGAGAGCUUUACUCUGAUCGACGCUGUUCCCUCCUCCAUCUCUCAGUCGAUGGACUUGGAUCUCAACAUACCGCAAGAGAGCCCCAGCCACGACGAUGAGCUGAUCGAUGGAAGGGCCGUGGUUGGGUUGAGCUUGAGUGGCGCCAGUGGAGAGGUGAGUGUCCGUCCAGAACUUAAGGCACUGUGCGAGACCAUGGACGGGGAUGGGCUUAGAAGGUUCAUUGUGGAACACCGGAAAGAGUUUGCUAGCUUGCGCCACGAGCUUCCCGGCGCUCUUAAGUGUGCUGUGGAUCCAGCACGCAUGGUGGUGGUGGCUCUCGAGGCUUAUCUCCCAGACCCGAGUAGCAGCACGAGGAAGGCUAGCGACGCCUCGGCCAGUCGCCGGGCUUGCAUCCUUCUCCUGGAGUGUUUGCAAGUAGUGUUGGCCGAUCCGGUGCUGGGUGUAGACCACCCCGUCGUGCCUUCUCAUGUCAAGGAGGUCGCCAAGGAUAUGGCCGAAAAGUGGAGGUCUAGGAUGGACGUCCAGAAAGACGCUGCCGGGGGCAGCUCUUUGGAUGCCCAGGCUUUCCUGCAGUUACUGGCGACAUUUGGUAUCUCUUCGGAGUACGAUGAGGAAGAGCUGUGUGGGCUGAUAUCAGCUAUUGCCCGGCGUAAGAAGACUCCCGCUCUGUGUAGAGCAAUCGGCUUGUCAGCCAGGAUACCAGCUAUCGUUGACAAGCUGGUCGAGGAUGGGAAGCCGAUCGAGGCGCUGUCGAUGGCAAAGGAGUUUGGCAUCAUGGACCGCAUCCAGCCAGUGUCACUGUUGAAGAAUUACCUCAAGGAUGCUCGAAGGAUUGCCCACUCGAUGCUUAAGUCAGGCCACAGCCCAGCCGCUGCUCAGAACGAUUCCAUGAUGAAGGAACUCUCUGCGACAAGGUCCGUGCUGAAAUGCAUUGAAGAGUACAACCUUGAGGCGGACUUCCCAUCGUCUCCUCUUCACAAGCGGAUUUUCCAGCUCGAGAAAGCCAAGCUUGACAAGAAGAGAACGGGCGGCUCAAUGAAGGGCCAGUCGAAGCGGCCUCGUGGCAGCAACAACGGCGGAUACUCGUACCGGAACCCAGACAGGAAUCCAGAGAGAGGCGGCUACGUCCCGCCCGGACCCAGCGUGUCGGGCUACCAGUUCGUGUCACCGGUUGCGUUCGAGAGGCAAAACCAGGGUGGCUACAUGCCGUCGUACGCACCAGGCAGCCGGAGUGCAGUGUCACUGUCGAGCUUGCCACCGAAUUCCUACAUCUACUCCCCCGCCGACGGCUCCAUCUACGGCGCUCCUGGCUACUCCACCACCCCGACGAACACUUACCCCAGCUUUGGAAACCUCAGGAACUCGUUGCCGCCGCCGCCACCGGCGUACCAGGCAUCGUUCAUGCAUUGAUUUUCGUGGAACUCUUGUUCACAAUAAGUCACGUCAGGAGCGCUUGAGUUUGGACACGCUUCUUCGAGGCUGUGUCCUCUCGGCAGCUCGUACAGCUGGUGGAGAUUACAGGGAAGACGCUCGGGUCUUCCGCAAUAC